AGUUGGAGAAACGGAAGCAGAUUACGUCGCCUGUUGUAUGAGUGGAUGUCAUGGAUGCUGAACCCAAUCCGGGAAGUUUUGAAAAGCUGGAUAAUGGACGGAAAGACUUGACGGAAGAAACAACCGUUUCUGAGACGUCCGUAGAACCUAAAAGCUUUAUUUCCAGUGACACAGAGGCCCGAGAACUGAAAGUGCAGAAUGGCAAAGGGGGAGCAGUCCAAGCGGUGUCCAUCAACGGCUCAAGUUCUGUGGAGCAGAGUCAGUUUGAUGCAUCUGAUGAGAAGAGUCACGAGCGUAUCACAACUAACACUUUCAACAUGAAGCCACCGGAUGAUGAUGAUAUCUGCGCUUCCAUCCUGUUGGCCUGUCUGUUCUGCAACCCCCUGGACUGUUUAGUGGCCACAGUGAGCGGGUGUAACCAAUGCUUUUGGUCGCUGUGCUCCCCGCUCUUCUGCUGCCAGUCCGCUACUCUGCAGCCUCUCCUGGACGCCAGCCAACACUGUGACGUGUGCACGUGUCAAGAACAGUGCUGCUCCUGUUGUGAAUGCAGCGUCGGCAAUCUCUGCCUCCAGGCUACAGAGUGCUUGGACCUAGCGAUGGAAAUAUCUCAAAUGCUAUAUCACUAGCAUAUUAUUACACUUAGGCAUCUGGGGAAAAAAAACAUGUUUAUUUGUUAAAAUCUGCUAUAUUGAGGAAGACAAAAACUUACAUUUGUGAAAGGGU